AUGUCAUUCAUGCCCCUCUACCGCUACAUCGACCGCGAUGCUCUCGCCGAAAAGGUCCGCGCGCAGGUCAAGCAGCCCGAGAACAAGGAGAUCGCCAUCGUCGACGUAAGGGACGACGACUUCGAGGGCGGAAACAUUGUCGGCGCACACAACGUCCCCUCGACCAAGAUCGCCGACUCGAUCGGCGACCUCGUGCUCGGUCCAUUGAAGGAGUACAAGCAAGUCGUCUUCCACUGCCACCUCUCCCAGCAGCGAGGCCCGAAAGCGGCAGGCAACUACGCCAAGGCCAGGACCGAGGCCAUCGAGCAGGGCAAGCUCCCCGCCCAGACCGACGGCGCCAACCAGCAACAGGUCCUCGUCCUGCGCGGCGGCUUCUCGGAGUUCCAGGACAAGUACAAGAAGGAUCCCGAGGUCGUCGAGGGUUACGACGAGGAGAGUUGGGCUCUGCGUGGGUAA